CCAGUCUGGCUUACAGAGGAUUAAACAGGUUGUCAUCCUUUUAUUUUCAGAUAUUUAUGUUACAUUUUAUUUCCACGGGCACAUAUCGUAAUAUCCGGUUUGCAGUGAUUUUUUCAGCUUUACAUAGUUCCUCUCCAGCUGGAGCGCCUGCGUCUACACUUCCAACCGUGGAUGCUUCCAACUCGACCAGAAGCUCCAUGUCAGCCAGAACCGGGUGGGCGGGUUUCCUGCUCACGUCCCUGGGUCUUUUGUGACUGUUCAAUCCAGUGGGCUGCGCAGUUUACAAAUGCAUGAAAUGCUGAAAAGAGGGGCAGUCCCCACUGCACAAUGCGCAACACAACUGGAUAGGAUGUCCGGGAACUAAACAUUUACAGAGCAUUCAGGUUAAAUGAGCGUGUGAGCUGCAUUAUAAGACCCUCCGUCUACUCUGGAAAUGAAUACAUUUAAGCGCCGUGGCAGGAUGUCCCUCUCGUGCGGGUGUUAGCGAAUGGACGAACAACAUGGACGACCAGCGGGACGUUCAAACUAACAAGAGAAACGGAGGUUGCCGGUCUGUAAUGUCGGCUGGGUCCGCAGUGGCCAUGGAGAUAAAACGGAAGAAAAUACGACAGAGUGCCUUAUUUGUACAAAACGAGGACACCAAUAUCCAACAGAAGUUGGACUUUGAGAUGCGUAUGCGAGAAGGAGCUUACAAGCUGCUGCUUGCCUGCAGUAAGAGGCAGCAGGUUCUCAAUGCUUCCAAGAACCUGCUGACCUGCAAUGCCAGAAUCAAGGCUUACCUCACUCAGCUGCAGAAGAAGAAAGAGGAGCAAGACAUGAUGGGAGGAGCAAAGAGAUUUUCAGAUCAAGGUGUAGAUGACCGUGUGCCCUGUAGUGGUGCAGUUGCAAUAUCUGGGCUGAGGAUUCCGUUGAUGUGGCGAGAUUCAGAUCACUUCAACAAUAGAGGGAGUAAGUUUGCUCGGCGGGUGGCAGUCUUCUGUCUGAUGCAGAUUGGCUCUGAGGUGUUUGACACAGACAUGGUGGUGGUAGACAGAUCAGUCACUGACAUCUGCUUUGAGGGAAUCACCAUAUUCAAACAGGCAGUUCCCCAGUUUGAGCUGAAGGUGGAGCUGUGGAGCUGUGCAGUGGAGGAAGAGCUCACAUUAGUAAACACGCCAAAGAAACUGGCCAAGAAGCUCCGCAACUCCUUUGGAAAGUCUGCUGGGAAGAAACUGUGUCCUCUGCUGGACACUCCAGACCCUGACACCUUCCUGCAGUACAACCCAAUACCCGCUGGAGCCAAAUACAGCCUCCUGGCCUACACAACGCUCCGUCUGCCCCAGGCUGAAGGCAGCUUUCAGUCUCACUCUCUCAUUGUCCUACAGGAUGCAGAGUGGUCUUCCUGGCUUCCUCUUUAUGGUAACCUCUGCUGCCGGCUGGUGGCUCAGCCUAUCUGUAUGACACAAACCAUGAUGACCGGCUACCUGAACCAGAAGCAAAGCGUGGAGGGGAUGAAUCGCUCCUGCAGUCUCUACUGUGUGCUAAGUGCUCGUUCAUUGUCCUGUUACUUUACCCAAGAGGAGAUUGAUGCUAAAGUGCAGCCCACUCUAAAAGUACCCAUCAGUAUGGAUACUCGGAUCCGUGUGAUGGAGAAGGAGUCAGCAGGCCACAAGUCCAGGAGUCUGUCCAUCAUCAACCCUUCAUCAGAUGGAACUCAGACUGUCAGCUUCACCACAAACAGCAGGGAGGAGCUCGAGGACUGGCUGGACGCCCUCCACCAGCAUCUCUAUGAUCAGAGCCAGUGGUUGCACUGCUGUGACCAGCUAAUGAAGAUCGAGGUCACAUCACCACGGAAACGAUCGCUCUUCCUCACCAAACAGGCUGACUCUGUUUACAACGAUCUCAGUAUAAAUUCCCCAGGCCAGUUUGAGAGCAUCACAGACAUCAUCCAUACCAAGAUUGAGGAGACUGAUGGCCGCUUUCUGAUCGGUCAUGAGGAGGAGGAGAGGGAGGUACCCAACUGGUCCACUCUGUUUGAUGGCUCCCAUUCAGUGACGGUGCAGAAGAGUGUCCUGUCCCAGAGCAAAACAUCCACCCCUUUUUCAAGCCCCAAUCCAAACUCAAGCUCUACACCAAGUAGCAAUAAGAAGCGGCGUGCCCCACCCCCUCCUGUGGACCAAGAGCCUUACACUCCUCCUAGCCGUCCUGCCAGACCUCCCCUCCCUACUUCUCUCCACCGUCCUCCUCUUCCAUACCAAGAGAAGGAGAACUCGGAUGUCUGCAAUACGCGCCCAGCCACAAGGCCCAAAACAGGAAGACCGUCCCUGGAUGCCAAAUUUUCUGCCAUCAUCCAGCAGCUCCAGCGGAACAACGCUAGCGGAGUCGGGGCCCUCAGCCGAAAAAAUGCCCCACUGGGCGUACUUGAUGUACAACCACAAGGUCAAUAUCAGGCCAGUCUCCAGCAGUCCGAGUACCAGAAUGCCACAAAUCCUGAAGCCACAGCUGACCCCUGUGGCUUUGUCAGGCCCGUUCAUGGUCCUGGUCCUGUUCCUGCUCCAAGGAGCAAGCUGAGGAAGUCCUUCAGAGACAGGAUUAGCCUUAAACCUUUGUGAACUUAACAUCUGUUUUCAAAAUUUAAUAUCUACGCCAAUUUACUACUAUUACAGACAACUAUGCUAACAGUUGACAAAAUCAGAUAUGAUGAAUAUAUUUUACAGCUGCUACUAAUGAUUAUUUUUACUGUUGAUUAAUCUGUAGAUAUGUUUUCUCAAUCAGUUAGUUGUUUGGUACCUAAACUGUGAGAAAAUUGUAACCCUAACUCCAAUGUGUUUUCAUCAAAUAUCAUGUUUGACCCACAGCCCAAAGAUAUUCAAUGUACUGUCGUGGAGGAGUAAAAAAAACAAAACAAAAAAAAACAGAAAAUAUCCACACUGAGGAAUGAGGAUUUGGUUAAUUUUACCCUUUUUCCUUCUCAAAAUGAUUAUUGAGCUUGAAUCAAUUAUCAAAAUAUUUGGCAAAGAAUUUAAUAUUUGAUAACUCCAUCCAUUGCCGCAGCACUUAUUUUACAGUAUAUCAGCAGCAGUAACGUGACAAUAAAUAGGGCUUUGUUGUAUUUCUCUGUAUUUUACUUAAAGGGAAUGGGCCCUUAACAAAAUAAGACCACCAUAAAGUCCAUCAUCUCCUAUCAUGGGAUCAGGGAUUUGUUGAUACAUCUCCACAUUUUUCUUACCACUGUAAAAGUUUUUCACGAGCAGCUAAACCAUGGAUGUAUAUUGGCUUGAGCACUGCCAUCAUCAAUCCCAGUAAAAUGGAAAGGCUUAUUUCUCAGCUCUGCCACUGGAACAGGGACUGAUGAAAGAACCUUUGCAAAAGCACUCAAAUUGGAAUUGAUCCAUAGGCUGACUGUGGACGAGUCAUUCCUUUUGGAACUAUUGACUUAUUCCACUUACUGUGACGACUUUAUGACCACUAUAGCUUAUUUUAAGGGAACAGAAUUUUAGGAGCAAUUGCAGGCACUAAUGUGACUUUUCCAUUUCCCAGAGGUCUUAAUAAUGGAGUGACCUUGGUUUUCAGUGACUACACAGUAUGUCCAACAUAAUUUAACACUGCAGCAAAUAAAUGAGAUGAACAUAAUUGAAUGAAUGAGUCUUUUGAGUGGCUAAAAUAAUGAACGCCCUUGUCUGUGUUUUGAAUGCAUCUAGUAUGGCUAGCCACUACAUUUUUCAACCACUUUAAUAGUCACGUUUGGAAGAAUGGUCUUUGUAAUUACAUGGAGUGUAUGAAACAUAAUGUUCGCCCUGACCAGAUGAAGCACAGUGAAAGCUACAUUCUCAUUUUUUAAGUCUCACCCUCUAAAUUCCGUUUAAUCAAGAGAGGUAGAUGUAGAUUUGGGAGCUGGCGGAUUACUGAAGGAUUUUGUUUAAGCCUUGAAAGAGCCAAGAAUGGAUUAUUCAAAAGGUGAUGCAGCUCAUUAUUAGCAGCAUUCAUGUUUUUUUAUGCCUCAUGUGUAAUACCAAUACACUAGUCACAAUGAUGCAGUGCUUUCCAUAUCUGCAUUAAACAAACUGAGUCAUUGCGACAUAUCCUUAAUACUGUUUAUCCUGAGGCUGAUGUGGCUACACCUCAGGCUGUGUGAUUAUUGGUAAAUCAUCAUAAAUACUUCACCAGUAAAACCGCAGCUCCCACUGAUUUUAGGGAAAAGUUUAUUGGACCAGUCUGCCUGGAAAUUCCAUCAGUAUGUCAUCCUUUUUAUACAUUUUUUUUCAUGCUAUGAAAACAAAAUGCAUAUCACUCGUAAUAAUACUGUGAAAGCUUAAAUUCCUGUAUAUUUUGAGUCAUUAGUUGUACUGCUCUAGUAAGGUUUAUGUAAUGUAACCAUUACAGGAAAAGGCUGAGAGGGAGACUGUGACCUAAUAAGUAAAAAAUGUAUGACUGCAUUCUGACUAAACAUGGACCGGUUAUUUCCGCUUUGCUCAACACUAAAUGAGCCACUUAUUUCAAUGUAUGUCUUCUUAAAAUACUGUGUAAAUCAUUUUGAAUAAUUGCAUACAACAGGAUUAAUGGUUCAGUGAAAUGUUUUAUGGUCUUUGUUUUGUUGCUUCUUAUUAAAAUGUUGCCUAAUUCCUUUUUUAUAGUUCAAUGCUACCUUCUCAUUUCAAUGUCAUUUUUAUAGCUCAAGAAUUACUUAGACAUUAAAUGGCACUGUCCUUAUGUUCUAGUAAGUAGUGGUACAUUAAUCCUGUCCUAGUGUGGUGUAAUUUAUGAACAGUGCAAUGUAAAAAAUAUUGUAGUUAUUUUUGUUUCACAAAAAGUGCAAUUUUCUCCUCAUUCUGUGUUCGCUGUUGUCUUGGAAGCUAACUGUAUUUUUUAUUAUUGCUGAUCUGCAAUAAAA